CGACGACCGGUUCUACUGCUGGUACUACUGGUGGAGCCAUCGAUAAUAAUGCGCCACCAGCAACGACAGCGCCACGACCAAUAAAUACGAUCCCAAUUUUCCUGAAAUUUGACGAGCUCGACUUUCGCAACGAUGACCGCGCCAAGGGUUUUCUGCACAACGCUGAAAAAAUCUCGGAUGUUUGCCACAGGGUAGCGCUGGGUCUUUCCCCGUUUCCAGCAUUCCCAAGCCUAGAAAAGGAGUUUGGAAAUUAUAGUAGUAGCGCCACGACUUCUUCACAAUGGCAGCCACAUGCUGCAGGCGAACGCUUGAGGCGAUUUUUCCGGAUGCGGCCCGUUCCUGCUCCGACCGUCAUCUCCGUAAUCGGUGAGCCCGGCAAAGAGACCGGCUGUGGCUUUUUGACGAUGUUGGAAAAGGCUGAUAGUGACAACGAGUCCUCGCCGUCGCCGGCGUCACCAACUACAACGCCAGCCGCACCUGCUGGACGAGCAAGCAGCCCCGUUCUGGCUCGGCGGUCGAUGCCCUUGAGCGACGUGCUGCGGCGAGUCAAGAGGGCCCGAGAAAGUAGUGCAGGCGGCGCCGCAACUACAUUUCUGCAGCGGCGGGGGGCAGCAGCAGCAGCACCAGCAGCGGCUCGACCACCAGCGAACACAACUACUAUGACACAAGCCUCGACUGCGGCAGAUUUUGACGACGCCCUGCAGGCUCUCUUUACGGACACGUCGACUACCGACUUUGUGCAGCAACUGUACACGGAGCUGGUGCGAAACUUGCGGACAAUGGACCGGUCGUAUCCUGAGUAAAAACAUCCCCACACCAGAGUCAAGACGGGGAUUUUGCAACACAAACCUAGAACUUUUGGGGGUCACGCAUCACAAGUUGCAGUCCGUAGUGUAGUGCGGGUUCGUGAGGCCAGCUGCAUCAGAAAUCCAUCUGCUCAUCCUGUUUACAGCAUUACAUACAAAUUCCACAACACGAUUGGAAAUGGCUCCCAUGCGGAUGCGCAUUACAGGUCUUCCUGUCUUUGCAAAUCUGCAUUACAACUCUGGUGUGGGUACGUUUUUACACAGGAUAGGUCGGGUUUUUUAUACAUCGACGUGCACGGCUUGAAUAUCAAAUGUAAAAAUGUCUGGGUCUGGAAGAAUGCAACUUGUCAUGCUGUUUUUCGACUCUAAAAAAAAUUGUAUUGCAUGACCAGCAAAAUGGGUACAGUUUUUGCUACACAGACAGGCCAUUUCUCAUGCGGAAGGUGCAUGAGGAAGCCCUCUAAAAGUCUGCGAUGCUAGUUCAAGCAUUACAGGCAUCAUGGGUCAUGAGAAAUAUACAUGACAAAUCUUGCAUUCUUCCAGACCCAGACAUUUUUACUUUUGAUAUUGAACACCUUGGUGCACUUUGAGCUUGUAGAAGUAGCAGACUCCUCGCAGGAGCCCCCGGGGGCUCCACCUGUCGCGGCUCCCGUUGUACAACUGCGGUAUGAACUGUCCCUGGUAGAUUACAAAACCCUGUUGUACAUGCGGUCUGCGCAGAAAAAUUUUGGUGGGCGGGAUGACAGCACGAUUGGAGUCCUCAAUAACACGAGCGGACGAGACACCAGGCUGCUGCACGAAGAACUUCUUUUCGAGGUGGCGAGGACAGCGCCAACGCAUUCCACAGUAACCUCCAACCCGGCUGCACCUGAUUUGCAGCCGCGGCCACAGACCUUACGAACCCUUUUCGCUUUGAGGAAUUUACCAACCCAAUGGGGUGGCACAGGUGGCCACAUCAAGGACCUGUUUUUUGCCCUGCGCCUCAGUCGCCGCGAUCCGAAUAAUGCAGGCCGAUCCUGUCAAGCCUAUGGUGACGAGCUGUAUCCCUGGAACCAAUACGACCCGGACGCGGUCCCAACGGGCCCGAUGGCGGACGAGCCGGUUACGUACGACCUGACUAGUGGUAUCUUGGAGGACAAAGCUUUCGGUUCCGCAAUUAUGGGCGAAGCGUUCAAGGACCUCAUCACCUUUGAACAGAAAGAAGAGAUCGAGAUAGCCGUGCUAGAGGAAGACAUUGCCGCCGGCGUCUACCAGAACAUUCCAGCCGACGCGUAUUACGCGGCCCCGGCGGGAGGACAGCUGCCUAGGGAGGAGAUGGACCGGAACCGCAUACGAGAGCGGAAUAGCUGCCUAAGGGAGCGAAGAGACUGAGUAGCGAAUGUGACCCACACGACCCAUUGCGCGAAUGUUGCCCGAACGAUAGAACACAGACGAGGUCCGCUUCAAAGAAGUUCGACUUUCAUUUGUUGAGAUUGUACCCACAAGAGACUGCUCAUAUGAGACGACUCAGUGCGGAGACACAUCAAGCACUCGUUGUAUAUUAUGGUCCUCCGGACAAGGAGUUGAUGAUAAGUAA